AGGAGUUCACUAGCCACUCCAGCGUCCAGCUUCCCCUUAUUAUGCUUACAUCCCUGAUGAUUCCACGAUUCAACAGGAGGUUGAGUGCAGUUGAAUGUAUUUUUAUUUUCAUGAAAUACAACCUAAUAAAUAAUUUGGUCAAUUAGAAGAACUUUUUAUUCUGGGACUUUACGAUGAGUUUUAAAUAGUUUUGGAAAAAACUGGAAGAAAAUAAAAGCGUUGACACUUGACAUUACUCUUAGUAUCAAAGAUACCGAAAGAGAAGAUCGGCGUUUCCGGCAUAACCUAUACAUCUAUUUCUUCCUCAAUUAUAUAAAUUUCCUUAUUUUUUUCUGUUUUGUCGUACGUUUUCACGUUUCGUUACUUGAAAAUGAGUUCUCAUGGGAAAGCAGAAACUGAUAGACUGAGGAAAAACCUGGAGGAACAGUUAGAUCGACUCGUGCAGCAACUUGAAGAUCUAGAGGAAUGCAGGGUUACCCUCGAUGAGACGGAUUACCAGGAAUGCAAGGGAGAUACAAUGGAACAGCUACGUGAAUUCAACGACAGUCUGCAAAGAAUGAUAUCUGGGAAUAUGACUUUGGUCGAUGAACUUGGAGCAAUGCAGUUGGCGACUCAGGCAGCUAUCAGUACAGCCUUCCAAACGCCAGCUGUGAUAAGGAUGUUUGGUAAGCGCGAGCCUGCUGGACUCAGAGAACGUCUCUUGCAAAUCGAGCGUGACGAAAAACUGGGAAAACUAAAUAAAGAAGCCACAGAUCGCCAACGUGGAGAAGUACUGAGCGCUCUGAGACAGCUUGGAGAGAAGUUGGAACCGUCUGAACUACAGUUGCUGGAGCGAUUAUCCUUGAAUAGCAUAGAUACCAGCAGGUACGUGCAAAUUACCGAAACAACGGAAAAAGGUAAAAUGGCUCUCGAUGUAGUUGGCAAGGAAGUCCGAGCUACGCAAGAUAUUUGAAUUGCAUCAAAAGUAACGUGACUGUGGUGCCGUAAUAUAAUCCUUACUAUAAAUAAGGCUGUUAUUUUUAACCUAAUAUACGUUUUGUGAGGUUUAUUGAAUAUCAUGAUAAUUAUUAUUUGACGAAAUAAAAUAUCAGUCAGAAAUUUUGUCAAAUAUAAAUAAUAUAAAAAUAUAAUUGUGAGCACACAGUGUUAGAAUAUUUAUACAAUUUUGAGAAAAAUAUUAAUUAUUGUUUGUUUAAGUUAUUUUCUGUGACGAACGAUAUAUAAUGUACAGAUUCUAAAUAUAAGUCUACAUACUGAGCAUGAUUUUGUAGUACAUCUAGUGUUAACGUACACAAAUGCGUUCUGUAUAUUGUUUACAAAAUUGUUUUGUUAUGAUACAAAUAUAUUGUUUCUAUGACUUUCGCUCUACGAAAA